AUGAAAGUUAGCCAUUUUUUCUGUGCCUCACCCAUUGAGAAAAACAGAUCAAAAUCCAAACUUUCGGCUUCGGACCCCAUUUCAUGUGACGAAAAUCGAGUUUCCGAGGAAUUAUCAGCGACAACCUCACCCACAGGCAGGGGAAUGAGGAAGAGCGUAGCUGAUAAAACCCCUUUGGACCAUAGAAAAUCACAAAAGGCAAAAACAUCCAUUUCAGAUUGUGAGACGAUUAAGGAAAGAUUUUGGAAGCUUCUGCUCGGCGAGGACAUGUCGGGAUGUGGCAAUGGGGUUUGUACUGCUCUGGCUAUUUCGAACGCUAUCACUAAUCUUUGCGGUAGCGUUUUCGGACAAGUAUUGAGGCUGGAGCCUCUACCGAUAGACAAGAAAUCAACAUGGAGGAAAGAAAUCGAGUGGCUUGUAUGUGUUAGUGACCACAUUGUUGAGUUAGUACCUUCUUGGCAAACUUUUUCUGAUGGGAGAAAAUCAGAGGUCAUGACCUCUCGAAUGCGAUCGGAUUUAUACGUGAACCUACCCGCGUUACGCAAACUAGACAACAUGCUGCUCGAAAUAUUGGAUAGCUUCGAAAGUCCCGAGUUUUGGUACGUCGACAAAGGAGAAGAAUCGGCCUCCUUCCGGAAGCUUCUAAACCGGAAACCGGACAAAUGGUGGCUUCCGGUCCCGAGAGUUCCGACCGGCGGCCUAAGCGAAGCCGCAAGAAAAUUGGUUCGGCGCAAGCGUGAUUCGACGAACCAAAUCCUUAAGGCGGCAGCGGCCAUAAACGAUUCGGUUUUAGCCGAGAUGGAUGUUCCGGAUUCAUAUUUCGAAGCUCUUCCAAAGAAUGUGAAAACGAGCUUGGGAGACCUUAUCUACGGAUACAUAACUUCCGACCAAUUUUCGCCCGAGUGCAUGCUCGACUGCCUCGAUUUGGCUUCCGAUCAUCAUGCGCUAGACAUUGCCGAAAGGCUUGAGGUAGCCAUUCACUCGCUUGAGGUAGCCAUUCACUUGUCUCACCAUAAGCCGAACUUACACGGAACACAUAAGUCGAGUAACUCAAAGUCAUCGUGGGAGUUUGUGAAGGAUUUGGUGAGCCAUGAUGCGGAUAAAUCCGAGCAGUUUUCAAAAAGGGCCGGGAGCCUUUUGGUUCGACUGAAAGCUCGAUUUCCAGGCCUGCCUCGGACCACAUUGGAUAAGAGCAAAAUUCAACACAACAAGGAUGUGGGGAGAUCGAUACUAGAGAGCUACUCCCGAGCACUCGAGACCUUGGCCCUCAACAUUCUCGCGCGUUUCGACGACCUUCUCUACGUUGACGGCCUUUCCCGGAGCUCGGCCCACCGCCACAUGGCGCAGUCGGUUCCGCGACUAAGCACAAUGUCGGGACCCACAAGCUCGCCGUAUUUCUCGAGUCCCGGAUGUUCGCCGUUGCUAAUGUUUAGCCCGGGAAAAGGGGAUAAAUCGCCAUUUGCUACCAAGAAGGCCACCAAAAGGUCUUUGCAAGGCAGGGCAAGUUUGAAGAGGGUGUUGAAUUUUCACGAAUCAUGA